GUCAGUAUCGUGAGCACAUCUGAAAGCUGAGCUUAAUCACAGAAUUAUUAGUGCUAUCUGGGCCCAGAUCCAAACUUUUUUUUCUCUUUUUUAAAUGCAUUUCUUUCAUAACCACUAGAAGACAGAACAGUAUGAAGCAUUUUCUUCUUCUUGUGAUCUUAGCUGGAGAAACUCAUGCGUUCUUCCAGAUUUCUGAGAGUCAUUGUAACGCCACCCAGAAUGCAUCAACGUGCUCUGCUUCUCUGGGAGGGUCCGUGUACAUCCAGCUGAUGACCAAUGCCAGCAACUACUUGGUGGAAUGUGUGAAAAAGAUUCCCAGAGGAUCCAUGAAAGUGUUCACUUUGAAGAAAGGAAAGGUGACUAUCGAUGUAGCUUUAAGAAACAGAGCAGAGUUUUUCAUUUACAACGGGACUUUGAAGAUCACCAGCUUGGAGAAGAAUGACUCUGGUCUAUACAGCGUGGAGGUCUUUGAUAACAAUGGGAUGAAAGUGAAAAGUCUUUCCUUUCUUUUGAACCUGGAUGAUAAAGAAUUCCUUCUUCGUAUCCUGAUCCUAGUUUGUAUAGCAGUGGGUGCUCUUCUGAUUCUGAUUCUUCUGAUAUGUUGCUGUGUGUGCCGGAAAAGGAGGAGCCAAAGGCGAAUAACUGAGAGCAAAGACCUUUGGUGUGAGGGUGGACUAUUAUAACUCAGCAAGAGUGAACAUCAACAGUGGAUACAGAACCAAAGGCUUUGAAUAUCAGUGACAAAGAGGAAUUUUAGCUCCUCCGGGAAGGUUUUUCUCUGGUUUGUGAUCAAACAAAGUAUGAAUCUUAGUGUUAUCUGUCCCAUCGUCCAGUGAUCAUGUAAUUUCAGGUUACUUAUGAGUAUGAUAUGCUAUAAAUCUGUGUUUAUAUUUGAGCAGGACCUUGUUAUACAAUAAAUAAAGGGCUGUUGGGCAUAACCCAUGUACCAGAGUUUUAUCUUUUUUUCAUUUGCAAGAAGGUGUAACAUUUUCUUCUUCCUCAUUCAGUUUUUAAUCCAGA